GACGUUGUGUUAUACAGUUCGUUGUAAAAUGUGGAUCGUACGAUGGUUAACAGCAAUGGUGGUGGUGACCGUGUCAGUGGAGGCACGGCCGCAAUUAGUCGACGUAGCAUCAAUGGCCGCAUCCGGGGACUUUGGGGGAGCAGAAAUAGCAGGAAAAGCUAGAAGUUUUGUCUCUAACUUGGCUGCUGACACUGUAGGUUCAGUCCGUGUGCUGGGGGAGGGCACGCGCGACGUGAUUAAGGAUAUGUGGAACAACAGCAAACAAACGAUGCAGCGGUUCACCGCUGUUGCCACAGACACAGUUGACCAGAAUGUGCAAGGGGUCCGAGACGCAAUUAGGACUACUAACACUUUUGUUGCCGAUGGAGCUCAGGAGGCCAGACGACUCGCCGAGGGAGCUGCCCAGAGCACUUUGGGCGUAAUUCGCGAUGCAGUGAACUCCAACGGACAGUUUUUAGAGGGUGUGAGGAAGAUGGUGCUGCAGGGCGUCGUGGAAACCGGGCAGGCUACUGGAGAUUUCGUCCAACAAGCAGUGACCAAUGCCAAAGACUUCGUUGAGGCUGGCACCGGAGUGGUAAGUCGAGUCGUCACUCAGCGUUCCUUCUAAGAUCGACAUAACACAACCUGCAUAGUCUAUUAACCACUGCAUUUUUUUAAUUAUAACUUUGUACAUCCUAGACUCUUGUUACUUUAGUUUAAACUAUAGUUAGUGAGUGUACAAGCAAGAAUGAAGUACGGCCUACAUGAUGUGACAGGCAUGUUUGACAAACUGUGUGCGCAUGUUUGCGUUAAACCCAUUACUAUUUCCUAUUUCCUCCACAUAUCGUUCUUCCUAUUUAAAGGUACAGCGAUAACAGCUAGUAGCUUGUAUCUUCUGGUAACCAGCCAUUAAAGAUGUACACCAGAUUCAUUAUUA